GCCACGCCCACGGCCAUCUCCUCCAGCGCAAACAAAAAAACACAGAAGUCUCUGUCUCAGUUGCUCACGCACGCUCCUCCUUCCUCUUUUAUACGCCAUUUCUGACCAUCCUUUUCAGGUUCCACCUUUCUUUUGAUUUCCCCCAUUCCAAACAACCUGUUCGUCGUUUUUUUUAAAAAAAAAAAAAUUCUUUAUUUUCUCUCGUCAUUUACGGCUAUUUUUCCUACAUUUUCCGGGAGACUUUGAAAAGGAAAGAGUUGUUUCGGAUGAUCCGAGCGGAUUUUCUAAUUUAUGCAUUAGAUUUGCUCCAAAUCUUGAUUGUUUCCAACCAGUACUUUAGUUGAUUAGUUGGUUUCUUUGCGUUUUACUCUCAAAUCUCAGUUAUUAUUUGUCGACGUAUCCGAGGUUGUAUUGGUAGCAACAUGGCGGCUUGUUCAUCGAGUAUUGGAUUGUCUAGCUCUCUGAGUUUGCGAAACGAGGUCGUUUCGGGGAUGAUUUGGAGUCAUAAUUUGAUUAUUGAUAACGCCAGGUUGGGGUAUUUCGUAAAGGAAGUGGCAUUGCCACUUUUGUGUAGGAACAGUGGAAGUAGACAUUUGUAUAGGAAGAAAAAGCAGAGGCGUGGAGCAAUGAGCAUGUUGGAGCCACAGGCUGAGCUGCAAUCUGGUGUUGCUGAAACUCCGGUUUCAAAAGAUGUGACUGAUACUUCUGUGAGAAACGAUGUUAGGGUUUUGGAAACUGGGUGUGCAUUAAAAACUGAUAGUGAAGAUGGUGGUGAGGAUAUGCUUGAUGGCAAUGGUGGUAAUGGAAAAUUUCCGAAUGGUAGGGGGGGCGGCGGCGGCGGUGGGGGCGAUGAUAAGGACGAUGGGGAUGACCACGAAGAAGAGGAAUUAGGACCCAUUUUGAGCUUUGAGGAGGUGAUGAGAGAGGCGCAGGCCCGAGGGGCCAGCCUUCCUUCCGAUAUGCUGACUGCUGCCAAGAGUGUUGGAAUUCGGAAAAUACUUCUCCUGAGGUAUUUAGAUUUGCAGGGGUCAGUCUGGCCUCUAGGCUUUGCUGUGAAGUCAUGCUCUAUGCUUCGUAACCGAAUGUUGGCUGAUCCAUCUUUUCUUUUUAAAAUUGGAACAGAGAUAGUCAUUGAUUCUUGCUGUGCCACAUUUGCGGAAGUUCAAAAGAGAGGCAAAGACUUCUGGGCAGAAUUUGAGUUGUACACUGCAGAUCUUUUGGUUGGGGUGGUUGUUAACAUUGCUUUAGUUGGUAUGUUAGCACCCUAUGCUCGAAUUGGGCAGCCAUCCAUAUCUAAGGGGUUCCUUGGACACCUACAACGUGCUUAUGGGGCUCUUCCUAGCAGUGUAUUUGAAGCUGAAAGACCAGGUUGUAGAUUUUCUGUAAAGCAGAGAAUUGCUACAUACUUCUUUAAGGGAAUUCUAUAUGGAUCAGUUGGGUUUGCCUGUGGUCUUAUUGGCCAAGGCAUCGCAAAUUUGAUCAUGACUGCCAAGCGGAGCAUAAAGAAAUCAGAAGAGGGCAUACCUGUGCCACCUCUUGUGAAGAGUGCAGCUCUUUGGGGUGUUUUUCUUGCAGUUUCUUCCAACACUCGCUAUCAGAUCAUAAAUGGCCUGGAACGGGUGGUAGAAGCAUCACCUCUGGCAAAGAAGGUUCCCCCAGUUGCAAUGGCCUUCACAGUUGGUGUGCGAUUCGCCAACAACAUUUAUGGUGGGAUGCAAUUUGUUGACUGGGCCAGAUGGAGCGGGGUGCAGUAAUUGUAGGUAUUACAUCCGUUUAAAUGGAGAUGUCCUCUGCUAACCCAUGAGUAGGGGGUAGAUAGAAAAACUUCGGUGAUACUGAUCCACAACUAUCAUUUUGAUCCUUAGAGAACUCUCAUCCUGCUUGAAAAUUUUUGCUUCAACAAACAAGAAGCACUGGCAGUGUAAUUUGAAGCAAUUGUCUCUUCAGAAUGGCUUUUAUGUUAAACAUGAUCAAUAACAACAACCGUAAUGUUUUCCUCUAAUGAUGCUCGUUUAUCUUUUGAAACAAAAGUGGCAAACAGGACUGUACUCGAAUAAAUGACAUGGAUUAUAAACCAGAGGUCCAGAACAUUAAGGCA